AAGAACCCAAAAUAAUGGAAUGAGAUAGCGUACCGUUGGAAAGUGAUCUUUCUGUUCAAUUUUCUCCACACAGACAAAGUCAUGUGGCUGUAAAACCAAGCCAGCCAUCAACAGGGCCAUCACCGGUUGAUCAUCUCCGCCCCUGAUUCAAGGAAUGGAAGCUCUGAUUUAUCAGUUCACAAUUCUCUCCGAUGAGGCUCUUCAAGACAAGAACUUUGAUCCAUCUACAAUAGAAGAUCUCAUGAGGCUCUUCGAACUGGAGUCCUACAAGGCCUGGGCGGCCAUGGAGCUUGAACAGGAAAAAGAAGUGCAAGAAGCUGAGAGUUGCGUGGAAGAAGCUGAGGAAUAUCUUGACUCUGUCAUGGAGAGUGCCAUGGAGGAAUUUCGUCGGUUCGAGGAGGAAAUGAACAGGGCUUGCCAGGCUGAAUAUGAUAGCUUAGUUAAUGUGGCUGAAAGUGCAAGGAAGAUGGGAAGGUCUUUGGAAAAAGCAGCUACAAAUGCUUCCAAGAAGUAUAUUGAAGCUGCAAUGAACUCAGCUACUGCAUCAAUGAAAUCAGCGAUGAAAGCCCUUUCUUCUAAGUAUAAAAAGGUUCAUCCAUCUUAGGUCAAUUAUCAUUUUCUCUGCUCCCUGUUAAUUGUUGGUGGCUUUUGGACUUUCCAGCGACAAUACACUAGUACCUGGCUAGAUCCCUUUCAAUGGAUCUAAGAAUUGGUUUGAUUGUGCUCCUGACAUUGGUAAUAAUCUUACUGAUAUCAUGAUUUACAGUCUGUUUUGUCAUCAUCUGAUAAAAGAUGCUCCAGUAGAAGGAUAUUAACUCCUUUGAAUAUUUGAAUAUUUCUGGGUAUUUUCGUCCAUUGAAUCUACUUGGCUAUUAGGAUUAGUGAACCUGUAAACUGUUUAUUACCCAGUGGGAAAGAAAGCAAGUGGUAGAGAAAACCUUUUAUUGCUUAAA